AUAUAUGUAUACAUAUAACAAUUGUCUUCAUUUUCAAAUUCAGCAGUCUCAAAUUGCUGAUAUGAAAGCCCGUUGCAUAUAAGAGGAGGUUCUCUCACACAAUCCAUGGCUCUCUAAUUUCAUCCAAUUCCUUUUGGAUCGCCACAGAAAAGGGAAAAAGGCAUGAUACUGUACCACUCCUGUGGUCGGAAUCGUAGACUGGAAGUGUUUAAGGCACUUCAACUAGCUCUGCUUUUAGCAAUCAGCAUUUGGUUGUUAUUCCAUAUCAGAUAUCUGCGUGAGAAGCCUAUGAGUUGUGGUGGGAAUAUGCUAAUAUUGCUCAUGGGACGCAAAGGAAAUGUUGGCCUCCAAGUUGGGAAUAUAUACUCUGAUGGGGGUGGGAUAAGAGAAGUUGAUCAAUGGAGAGAAGCGCGCUUGGUCGAGGGUGACGUAGAAGAAGAAGAGUCAGCACACAAUGGGAGUGAAUAUUCUUGGGGUGUUAACAACGUAAGAAAUGUCGAAAAAGGGCAUGAAAUGGAGCAAGAAAGAGCAUCGAAGAAUGAAGGAGCAGAACAUGAAUCCGACAGGGGAAGUGUGGCUUGCUGUUUUCAUGAUGAAACCGGAGUUCCACCUGACUUCAAUUAGCUGGAACGUUGCAACACCAUGAGAGCUCGUUGGAUUAACAAUGGAUCCUGACUAUUAA